AUGGACUGUUCAUUAUACGUGAAAUAUGUCCCACUCUCUUUGUCGAUUUUGGCGGCAAUAUUGGUGGGGUCGUCGUUGUUCAACGAGUGGACCACAAACACAUAUGACGUGGCGGAUUCAUUACGCAUCCGCCACGUCGGUGGGUUGACUUAUUACGGGAUUCAGAAUGAUAUGGGAACAUACACGAUGGAGACUUUUAUUCGAUAUGUCGGGUCAUCGGUGUACUUCCAAGAAACGGCGGACAAGAAUUACAACUAUGCGUCUGCAAGUCUUCAAUGCAUUUGUGGCUUUGUGUGCAUUCAAUUUAUCUAUCUCUUAGGAACUAUCGGAUACACUUUCUUGGACAUCAGACAGAAAGCUUUUGUCUUAAAACAAGCCGACAAAAUGUUCAAAUUCUCCCUUUACGUCUACAUCGCGUUCUUCGCCGUUUCGUUCUUCUUUUACAUUGCAACGUUCAUCGGAAUCGGCGCUGCUGCGAGUGCUGGAUUCGAAGACGAGGCAAAACAAAGUAAAUUCUCACGAGGAGUCGGGUCGGGAUUCCUUUUACAUCUCUUCGGCUCUAUGUUCCAGACCAUUGCAAUGGCGUCCGCUGUCGUCUUGUCGUUCUUCUUCAAGCCAAAAGAUGAGUCAGAGUACGCCUCCUUCGUUUAA